AUGGUGGAGGAGGCGGGGGCCGGGGCGGGGGCGGCAGUGGAGCUCUGUGGACUGCCACCCGAUGUGCCCGACGAGCUGCUCACCCUCUACUUUGAGAACCGCCGACGCUCUGGUGGGGGACCUGUGUUGAGCUGGCAGAGACUUGGCUGUGGGGGCAUCAUCACCUUUCGAGAGCCCGCAGACGCUGAGAGGGUCUUGGCCCAGACAGAGCAUGAACUACACGGCGCCCGGCUGAGCCUGCGGCCAGCCCCGCCUCGCGCUCCUGCACGUCUGCUGCUCCAAGGACUGCCCCCCGGCAUUGCACCCCCACGCCUGGAGCAGCAUGUCCAGGCUCUGCUGCGUGCUGCAGGGCACCCGGUGCAGCCCUGCUGUGCCCUGGCCAGCCCUCGGCCAGACCGGGCCCUGGUCCAGCUGCCCGAGCCCCUUUCUGAGGCAGAAAUCCAUGCCCUGGAGGAACAGGCCCGGAAUCUGAGCCUGGAGGGGGCCUCGGUGUCCCUGGCCUGGGUGCCCCAGGCCCAAGCAGUGCGCGUGGUGGGGGCUGCCCUCUCUGUGGACCUGCUGCUGCUGGAGCUGUACUUGGAGAAUGAGCGUCGAAGCGGCGGGGGGCCCCUGCAGGGCCUGCGCAGCCUGCCCAGGCAGCUGGGCACUGUCGUCUCCUUCCAGCAGUGGCAGGUGGCUGAACGGGUGCUGCAGCGGGACCACUGGUUGCAGGGCUCACAGCUGAGCCUUGUUCCCCACUACGACAUCCUGGAGCCCGAGGAUCUUGCUGAAGACACCAGUGGAGGGGACCACCUGUCCAAGUUGGGGACAGGAGAGGCUGGAGGACUGGUGAAGGCACUAAAGGGUGUAGGGACUGUGGCCGUGGGCUUUGCAGAGGCACCAGAGCAAUCGGGGGCCUCUCUGACGGGUCCCAUAGGGUCUCCAGAACAGGACAGGACAGUUGGCAUGGGGGCCCUGGUGUCUCUGGAGCAGGAGGGGCUGGUAAGCCUGAGGCCUGGGGGGUCACCAGGACAGGAGGAGACCAUAAGCCUGGAGACUGAGGGGUCUCCAGAGCAGGCUGGGCUGGUGAGCUCUGGGCCUAUGGGGUCUCCAGGCCUGGUGGGCCCAGUGGAGGUCUCUGUGAGGUCGCUGGGACAGGUGGGGCCUGUGGACUCAGAACCCGUGGGAUUGCUGGAGCAGGCAGGCCUGGUGGAAAUUGCCAUGGACUCACCAGGGCAGGAGGGGCUGGUGGCUGCAGCAGAGAUCGCCGUAGGGUCUCCGGAGAAGGUAGGGCCAGUGGGCCCAGGGUGUGUGGGGCUGCCGGAGCAGGAGGGCCUGGUGGAGGUGGUGCUGUCGAUGGAGCCGGGGGCGAUGCGCUACCUGCAGCUCUAUCAUGAGGACCUUCUUGCUGGCUUGGGAGACGUCGCCCUCUUCCCACUCGAAGGAACGGAUGUGACUGGCUUUCGUCUCUGUGGAGCCCUAGCCCCGUGCCAGGCGGCCGAAGAGUUUCUGCAGAGUCUGCUGGGCAGCAUGAGCUGCCACAUGCUGAGCCUGAAGCACCCAGGCAGCGCCAGGUUCCUGCUGGGCCCGGAGGGGCGGCGCCUUCUCCAGGGUCUGGAGGCUCAGUUCCAGUGUGUCUUUGGGACAGAACAUCUGGCCAGGGCCACCCUGGGCACAGACCCUGAAGAGGUGGAUCCCACCGAGGUCCUCCAGGUCCUCCCUGGCCACGCCCAUACCCUGUGGCCCCCAGACAGGACAGGCAGUGACCAGGAGAAUAUGAACCUGGAGGAGGUCCGAGAGCUACUGGCCACCCUGGAGGGCCUGGAUGGAGAGGACUGGCAGCCCGUGGAGCAGGGGGAGGACGAACCUGAGCAGCAGCCAGAGGAGGUCGUGGCUCCAGGACAGCAGGAGGAGCAGCCCACACCCAGGACCAGGGAGGAGCCUGUGGCCCCCAGCACUGGGGUGCAUGGGCCAGGAGGCUGA